AGUGACGUCGAGUUUCUGGAAAUUUAGGUAAAAACGAGACUGUAAUCGAUCAAAAUUGUUCCAGCUUUCCUCGAUUCAUAAACAUCUAAAUCUUCAAAACCUACCUUAGUAAAGGGAUUUGGUCAUGGAAUUUUUAUUUGGCAAGAGGAAGACUCCGGAGCAGAUGCUUAAACAGCACCAGAGAGCUUUGAAUAGAGCGAUGAGAGAUCUUGAUAGAGAGCGAGCCAAAAUGGAACAACAAGAAAAGAAGGUCAUAGCUGAUAUAAAGAAAAUGGCAAAUCUUGGACAGAUGGAUGCAGUCAAGAUAAUGGCCAAAGACCUUGUGAGAACCAGGCGAUAUGUCAAGAAAUUCAUAUUGAUGCGUGCAAAUAUUCAGGCAGUUUCACUCAAAAUCCAGACAUUGCGAUCAAAUAAUGCCAUGGCCCAAGCAAUGAAGGGAGUCGCAAAGACGAUGGCAACCAUGAACAAACAAUUAAAACUGCCACAGAUUCAGAAGAUCAUGAUGGAAUUUGAAAAGCAGUCAGAAAUUAUGGACAUGAAAGAAGAGAUGAUGAAUGAUGCUAUAGAUGAUGUCAUGGGAGAUGAGGAAGAUGAUGAGGAAAGUGAGCAGAUAGUACAGCAAGUGUUUGAUGAGUUGGGGCUGACACUGAAUGACGAGCUUACGGGACUUCCGACCACUUCCGGAGGUUUAGCUGCUAAAGAAGCUCCAAAACAGGCAGUAGCGGACGCCGAUGCCGAUCUUCAGGCCAGGUUGGAAAAUCUCCGAAGGGAAUAGAAAAAGAACAAAGAUCUCAUUUGUCCAAUAAAACUCAGUUACUUUUACUUAAAAAAAAAAAACGUUAAAUUUUGUACUUCUCCUCUUGAAAAUAGGUGUCAUGUUUCUCAUCUGUAUUUUAAUCAAUGCACGUAAUUGAAUUUGUUUUUAUAGCUGUCGAGGAAAUGUGAAAUGAUAAAGUUUUUAGGCAGCAGUUAAAAUUAUUUGCUGGGAGAAAUACAUGUUUCCUCCUAAUAUGCGCAUGUUCAAGAGUGCAGUCGAGCGUGUCCGCAUUCUCUUUACCCAAGCCACUCGUUUCACUCCCCAUCAUGAGGAGUCUGGGAACAAGAAUGACGCAUCGUUGUUUUAGGGACAGGCAUUUUUUCCGUUUGCCAGUGUGAACGAAAAUCUUUUGUCGUGUUUUCUUAUUUCGAAAAAACCCGUUAAGAAAUUCAUUUUGAUCCAGGUAGACGGGACCUUGGUUUCGUCGAGCCAAAAUCGAAGUCAAGGCAGAAUUUAAAAGCAGGAAGAACACACCGAUCUAAAUUUUAAUUAUCUGCUCUCAGCUUAUCGUGUCAGAAUGCCUCGUGUAAACCAGUAAUUUUCACUUGGGUGUAAAAAGUGAAAGGUUUUGGAUGUGUUGUAGAUACCGCGGCAUAAUUCUCUUCGAAUAAACAUGUCUUAAAGUAUCACGGA